AUGGUGAAAAGUUUACAUUAAAUCAAAAUUCGCUUCAUGUUAAAUCAUUGUGUUUUUGAUGUUACUCUGAGUGUAUAUCCACACCGGGCAGGCUGAAAAGUUAGCCUGCAUGAGUGACCACGGUGGUAAUCGAACCCGCGACCUUUGGGAUACCAGUCCAAUGCUCUGCCAACUGAGCUACGAGGCCAAGUCUGUUCGAGUGUGUGGUAUUUCGGAACUAAGUCUAGUACCUUCGAUACCAAUGUGUUCUGUGAUCAUGAUAUUUUUUGUGUGUGUGUUUUGACCGUGGUCACCUAACUUUUCAGCCUACCCGGUGUGGAUAUACAGGCAGAGUAACAUCAAAAACAUUAUAUUCACCUGAGUACAUAACAUCAAAACACACACAAAAAAUAUAAUGUUAAAUCAUUGUUUAGAAAAUAUAGGGGCGGGGUUGCUGCAUGCAUGUAUUUCUAGUUGGGGUAGAUAAAGAAUGUGGCUUUACAUUUUGAAAGAUUAUUCAAUAGAGAAGAGCUGUCUAUUGAACGUCAUUAUUUGGACUGACGGGCGUGAACUGUGCUUUACUUCCUGCUCAUUGACAUUUUAAGUAUUAAAUAACGUUCAAUGUUUGCUUUUUAUUAAUUAGAUGUACAUAACAAAAGACCGUUGGAUUCUGGAGCACCAAAAUCAGAGAGCAAAAGACAAAAACUAGCAGGUAAUUAAGUUUUCUUUUCUUAUCUUUCAAUGCGGAACGAACAUAUUAUAGAUAGAGGUAUUGGGUUACUGUGGGAAACAAGCCUGUUCGCGGGCUACCUGAGGAUCGGGAAAAACAACGAACAUGUGAGACUUGUGACUUGUGAGCGAGAGUUUUGUGUAAAAAGUGAGAGUUUAUUUCGUUUAUUAAACUUUACUAAAACGUAAUACGAGAGUUUUAGUGUGCCGACACAAGUUCGGCACAUUUUGGUGCCGUGACCAGGAUUGAACAACGAAAUAUUUGCGGAUAAAGACGAGAAUUUGAGGGUAUUACGAAAUCCAAGAUAGCGGACGAACAACAAGAAAUUGAGGAGAAUAAUACGGUAGAAAUCACUCAAGAGGAGAAAGACCAGGAGAAAAAGAUUAGAAAAGAGAUUGAAAAGCUGCAGUUUUAUCUCGAGGACGUCGACGAAUUAUUGGAAAGUGAGGAUUUUAAUGAAAUCAAACAAGUAUGCAAGCGAACACAGCAGAUUCAAGAUAAUAUGAACGACUUUACAAGAAUUACUCGCAUUUACAAGAAUUAAAAAUUGAGCUGGGAAAUUCAACACAAAGAUCUAUUAGACAGUGGACAAAAGAUUUGAAGGCAGAGUAUGCACCACUAUGUGAGAAACACGGAGGUUGUGUAGGGUACUAGACGAUGGACAGAGACAUGAAAACUUGAGAGCUGAGGAAAAAGUGGCGAUCAGAAAGAUGGCGAAGGAAGCUAGAACAAGUACAUCGAAACUACCAGAGUUGAAAAUAUUACCCUUUAAUGGGACUUCUGCUGACUGGAUAAGGUUCGAGAAUAUGUUUGCCUCAUAAGUUGACAGCAAGUCCAUUUCGGACGCUGAGAAAUUUGGAUGCCUGUUAGAGCUCGUGAAUCCGAAGGUGAGAGGUAGACUUUCGAACUUGAAGCCGGGGUCAGAAGGUUACAAAACAGCAUGGGAAAGGUUGAAAAUGGAACAUGGUCAUAAUAAAUUAGUAAUUGCAGCUCGUAUGGAAGAAAUUAUUAAGUUGCAGACGGUGAGAGGAAGAAAUUACGAUAAAGUAUGUGAAUUUUAUGAAAGUCUUUGCAAAAACUAUGACGCACUGCAAACGUUGGGUGAGGAAGCUAUGUUAAAGGGUUGGUGGUAUCUACCUUAAAUAAACUCCCCCAGGUUAAGCCUGAUUUAGUACGUAUUGAUGAUGAUUGGGAAGAUUGGAACAUGAAACAACUGUUACCAGCAUUACAGGGGUGGUUAAAGCGUAACAAAACAGAAGAGGUACCAACUAAGGAGCAUGAAAACCCAAGAAAGAGGGAGCAAAACUGGUAUACCCAAAAGGGGGGGGGGGGAGUUUACCAAUGGUAAAGGCAAGGGCCCGGUCUGUAUUUAUUGUGAAGGACAGCACUGGGGAGACCAUAAACUCCAGGAAAACAAUAAUCGAGAAAACCACAACGCAAUGUUAAAUGGAUAUUCCCCAUCCUCUGAAGAGAAGUCUUUACCGGCUAUUGUGCCACUUAAAAUUAAGGUUAAGACAUUUUGAGCAUAUCUCGACACGGGCUCUGGGAGAAAUUUCAUCUCGAAGGAAGCAGUGCGACAGUUAAGACUACCAGCCCGGCGCUAUGAAAGUAGAAACAUCCUAACUGUAAACGGGUCCAAAAAGGCAUCAAUGCCAGUGUUUGAAGUAACUAUCAAUUCAAUUGAUGGACGUGCAAGUGAGAAUAUCGAGGUUACUGGUGCAGAAAUGCAAGAUUUUACAACUGCGAAAAGACCGACUUUCAUAGAGCUAAAGGAGAAAUACGAGCAUCUUCGCGAGAAGACAUUCUAUCGGUCAGAAAGCGAAGAGUACCCCAUCGAUGUCAUAUUGGGCGAUGCUACCUAUUGCAAAAUACGUACUGAUCAAGUCUACAAGGGAAAAUCAGAGGAUCCAAACGUGAAAAGAAGAAACGUGAAAAUUCCGAGAAGUUUAGCAAGAGAGAUUCGAAAGGUGAAAGCCAUGCAUUUGCAUUUAUUUGCUGAUGCAAGUUUCACAGCGUGCUUGGCGGUCACUAUAGCAGUAAUCGAACAUUCCAGUGGAAUAGUUAAAGGUCUUCUUACGUCAAAGUCCAGAAUUGCCAAGAGAAACAUUUCCAUUCCAAGGCUGGAAUUAGUUAGCGGUCAGUUGGCUGCCAAUAUGGCUAAGAAUUGGUUGCCGCAUUGAGAAGAUGGUCAAUUGCAUCAGUUACAGUGUGGAUGGACAGCCUGGUUGCUUUGUUUUGGAUUGCAAGUCCAGAAAGGUCCUGGAAAGUCUUUGUAUCAAAUCGGACUCGGAAGAUUGCUGAAAUUACGGAAGAAGUAGGCGUCAAUUGGAAGUAUUGUCCAUCAAAGGAAAAUUUAGCUGAUUUAGGGAGUCGGGGAGCUUCGAUCGACAAAAUGGAAAAGGACGGUUGGUUUAAUGAUCCCGAGUGGCUGGUCCCCUUGUUGGUUUGAAACGUUCAUUGUGUCAUUGUUUACAAUUUAAUUAUUAUCUAAGACGAAGUUAGCAUGAAUAGAACCUUAUCUAGCAUGAAUAGAACUUUAUUUAGCAUAGCGCUUAUCUGUUUACUGCGGAAAUGCCUUUAGGACAUAUCUACAGACAUAGUUCGUGACUAGUAUGAACAUUGUUAAAAUCAAUCGAACCGUGCUACAGUAAAAAUCGCUACCGAAGUUCAAGGGACUUUAUAUUCUACCGUAAUCAUAAUCGCUAUAAUUGGUACAAGUGUAAACCAAAGUACGUAAGUUUAUAGUUAUUGUUGUUAUUAUUUAGGUUUGUUAUUGUUAUCAUGUGCAUGCGUAAAUUCUAUAGUUAUAUUAGUUCGUUAUUAAGGUAGUCCUUUUUGCUGUCGCGUUUCAGUUCGAACCAACACAACACCAAUACCUCACCACCUCAACACUACGAUACUACAGUGUGAAAGUACAGAGUGAAACUACCGUGAAUUAAAACUACAAAACGUAUAUCUUCGUCUACAUUGUUUGUGAUUCAUUAUCUAACAAUUGAUUUACCGUCAACUCGUCAAGCUAGUAUAAUUCAAUCAUUUCGUGACAACAACAGUCUAUUCAUUGUUUAACGUCAACUAAAGCUUUGUCCUUUUCAUCUGUUGAGUUCGAAAAUUCAAUUGUACCAUUCGUUACCCCUGUAACUCGUCGAGAAUUUCUAAUUUAGCAACGUAAGAGUUACACCCCUCACAUGUAAGCUUACCAAGAAAGAAGAAGGCAAGUGCUACAUCCUAAUAUUUACUUGUGCUAUAUCCAAAGCCGUGCAUCUGGAGUUGACGAAGACACAAUCUACAGAGGAAUUCAAAGUAAAGCUAAACGCCUUCAUCGCAAGAAAGAGCAGAUUGUAUCGGACAACGGAGGAACGUUUAAAGCGACAGCGUUAUCGAUCAGAAAGAUACGUAAAAGUGAACGACUGCAAGAUUAUUUGGCAAGACAAGAGAUUCGGUGGAGAUUCAAUCUAUCCAAGUCCUCUUGGUGGGAUGGAAUGUACGAACGCUUACUUAAGGACAUUGAAAAAGCGCUGUAUAAAGUUCUGGGAAGAUCAACAUUAUUUUUCGACCAUGCAGUUACAAGCUAUCGUAAUUGAUAUUUAGAAAAAUGCAAACAAUAGGCCACUAGCGUACGUCGAAAGCGAGCAAGAAGAGGAACAAGUGCUCACACCAAAUACAUUUCUGUGGAGACAAAAUGUGCAUACCAUAGACGAAUCAGACACGGAUGAUGGAGAAGAAGUCGUGAAGUUACACAAACGAAUGAAGCAGAAACGAGAACACGCGUGGCAAAGAUGAAAUACGGAGUACGUACAUAGUUUGAUGGAACAUCAUCGAGUGAUUAAAGGGGGAAAUGCGUGUCCAGAAGUAGGUGAAAUGAUGUUGGUGGUCGGUGAGGGAAAGAAUCGAGCUGAAUGGAAACGGGGAAAGGUUGUUGAGCUAAUCAAGGGGAAGGACGACGUUGUGCGAGGAGUAAAGAUCUUGACGAAGGAGCAUACGAUUAAAAGGCCGCUUUCUCUUGUUUGCUCUCUCGAACUCAAGGAAACAGAGAUUGAAGAACCGAAGCCAAACGAAACGGACGAAAUCGGACAACGAAAGAGUAAGAGACAAGCAGCAAAGGACGCUAGGUGUAAAAUACUGCAGUUGACACAAGAGGAAGAAGAUUGAAGAAUUGAACUCGACAUAAUGUCGGACAUUUGUUUGCGAACUUUAACUUUCUAGUUGAUAUUAGUUAUAAAAUUAAGAAAAACGUUUAAUUUUAGAGGGGAGCGUGAACGAACAUAUUAUAGAUAUGGGUAUUGAGUUAUCUGUGGGAAACAAGCCUGUUCGCGGGCUACCUGAGGAUCGGGAGAAACAACGAACAUAUGAGACUUGUGAGCGAGAGUUUUGUGUAAAAAGUGAGAUUUUAUUUCGUUUAUAGUUAAACUUUACUAAAACAUAAUUCGAGAAUUUUAGUGUACCGACACAAGUUCGGCACAAUGCUCCGAAUUAAGAGAGCAGCAAUGCAAGUUACUAUAAGUGUCGAGAUGGAGGGAAGUAUAGAGAAAAUUGCAAAUCAGUCAGGAAAGAUUUCGUUGCUUAUUAAUCCUACCGCCACCUAUCGCCAGCCAACAAGUUGUAUGUAGUUGAGAAAACAAAAUGAACAAAGUCGUUGCGUUACAAUGAACGAUAAAACAUUCAAUUGAAUCAAUUAAAAUUAAAGCUAUAUAGAACUGAAGAAAGUGUUUUAAUGCACAAUUCUAAGUAUAUACGGUGAAACUGAAAAGACUUAAGUUUGUUUCUGGUAAAAAAGAAAUAUACUAUUUACUAAAUACAACUAGAAAUUCAUGCACGAAGCAACCCUCGCCCUUUUGUAACUCCAAAUAAUAUUCAAAUAAUGUUUUGAAUAGGAAAAUAUCAAAAGGGAUCUUUUUAAUUGCGGAAAAUUGAUUUUACAUUCAAAAUCUAGAACGUAGUUUUACGUAAUUUGAUAUUCAAUAGGGUUUAAUUUCAUGUGAUACUUUCCGGUUUCGCCGACAAAUAAUUUGCGCGAGAAUUACUAAUUACUAAUAAUUGGCUCCUGAACAUGCACAUAGUUCGUUAUUUCCCAGAUGGCUAAAUUGUCAUAAUUGUCAUUGUAAACCAAGCAAAUUAUGACCGUGAAGAAACAUUGUAUGCUGCCUGCAAAAUAAUUAACCUCAAGUCCUCAACUUCUUAUAAUAACAACAUUUACAUGUAUCAGACAUACACGGGGCUGUGGUGGUACAAUCGUCUGAGCAAGCGCCUUUCAGUUCUGAGUUAGUGCAGGAUUCGAUUCUCGCUGUAGCAACAUUACACUUGUGUGAAGAGAGCCUUCCACCGUAGCCGUGCUCCGUGAUAUGGUUGCAGUCAUAAGGCCGCUGCCUGAGGCGCCCUUCGAAAUCCUUCGACUCAAUCCAGGUUGAGCUGUGCGCGUCCGUCGAAUAAGGCUGAUUUGCACACCCUCCAAUUACGCAAUGACUUACUGUAUACCUCGGCUCGUGUUUGUGCAUCUUACAUACAACACAUGACGCGAAUGCUGUAUGGUACAUUCAGUUGAGCUAUAACCAAUCACGUCGUUCAUGAUAAAAUAUAUAACCAUGUCGUGAGUUAUGUUCUUGUGUUUUAUAGGGGAUGUACCUGAAGAGGUCUUUGCUCAAAUUGUUGCUAUUGUCACUGAGGAGCACGAGAUGUUAGGGCCAGAGGUAACCUUAAAAAAUACGAUGACGUCUAUUCAAGAUGAUCGUAUUUCAUUUUUUAAAUAGAUGAAACUAUGCGUGUAUGUAAGUUUAUAAUUAUAGAGAAAAAUAAUCCGCUAUUUAGGUGAUAUAAAGUUCUGACAUUAAAUACUGAUAGUAAUUGGAAAUGCAAAUAUUUAGAAAUUAUUCUAUCUAUAUGUAUUUGCCAGACUGAUGUCCGGUCGAUAUAUUUUGACAUGAACUUUGCGAGCCUGCAUGCAUGGUUCUCAAAAAAAUGUGAUGCCCAUAUAUCGACUGGCCAAUAACCGUCUAGGCAAAGCAAACAUCACUGUUGAAACAUGCUAACAUAAAUUAAUAUUUAAGCAUGCUUACAUGAGGUUGGUGUCUCGUAGUCCCAUGCACUCGAACCGACUUGACCUCGUAGCUCAGUUGCUAGAAGAAAACCAAAGGUCGCGGGUUCGACUCCCACAGCAGUCAAGCAAAUGUGUCAGCUUGCCCGGAUAUGACAAUGAAUUCCACAUAGUCAGAUGAAUGACUUUUUACACAAUGUGUCUUUGAAAUAAGGACAACUUAUCACGAUAUGAAGUGUGUCUUGUAUUUCCCAAAAUAAUACUUUCGGUGCGAAAGAUUUUUUCCGGUUUUGUAGCAGUUUAUGUUUCAAGUAUACAGUAUAUAUGAACUGUAUAUGCCUAGAUUAGGGCACGGUUAUUUUUUUUGAUUUACGGAAUUUGCUCACCAAUAUCGAUGGGUGGGAUGGGAAGAAAUGGAAAGAAAGAAUUGUCUGUGAUCUAAUACCACGGUGACCGUGACAGGUUACGAAGAUUUUGCAUGCACGUCAAGCUAACUUUAUUCUCCCACAUCUAUGUUUUUGUAUGUCUUGCUCGAAAAAAUAAUUAGGUACUGACAGUUUCUAAAAUACGGUCGAAGAAAACAACAACACAUGAAACUGUUGGCGGCAAGUGUGUGUUUCUUCUGGGAUUUAAGAAUACAAGGUCGAGAAAUCCGUAAUCCAAAAAAAAAUAAGAAUGGCCUUAAGUGCAGCAGACGGUCAACCGAGUAAAUAUACGAUUCAAUUUUUGCAGCGUGGUUUAUACCCUGGACAGCACAGUGCACGAGACGAGGCAGCACGUUGUGAAGAGAAAAGAGGUGUCAUCGAAUUUCACGUUGUUGGUAACUCGCUGCGACGACAACUCUCUCGAGAAAACAUCAUGUGGUUGAUUGGUUUGAAAAACGUAUUUUCCUAUCAACUGCCACGAAUGCCUAAGGAAUAUAUUACAAGAUUGGUCUUUGAUCAGUAA